UGUGUCUCAGGUGCCCAGCGUCUGACUCUGGGAGCCUUCAGUGCCCCACAGCCUGGCUGAAGCAGCUAGCAGCUCCACGAUGAUCCAGAAUGUCGGCAGCCAUCUGCGUAGGGGCUUUGCCUCGGUGUUCUCCAGUCGCACAUCCCGGAAGUCAAUUCCACGUGCAGAGGACGAGGGUGCCAUGGCAGAGGGCGAGGGGUACCGAAACCCCACGGAGGUGCAGAUGAGCCAACUGGUGCUGCCCUGCCACACCAACCAGCGGGGCGAGCUGAGCAUUGGACAGCUGCUCAAGUGGAUUGACACCACGGCUUGCUUGUCUGCGGAGAGGCAUGCCGGCUGCCCCUGUGUCACAGCUUCCAUGGAUGACAUCUAUUUUGAGCACACCAUUAGUGUCGGCCAAGUGGUGAAUGUCAAGGCCAAGGUGAACCGGGCCUUCAACUCCAGCAUGGAGGUGGGCAUACAGGUGACCUCUGAGGACCUGUGCUCCGAGAAGCAGUGGAGUGUGUGCAAGGCCUUGGCCACCUUUGUGGCCCACCGGGAGCUCUCCAAGGUAAAGCUGAAGCAGGUCAUACCCAGGACAGAGGAGGAGAAGACUGAGCACGGAGUGGCAGCUGAGCGCAGGCGCAUGCGGCUGGUCUAUGCAGACACCAUCAAGGAUCUCCUGGCCCGCUGUGCCAUCCAGGAUGAUCUGGACAGCAAAGACUACAGCUACAUGGUGCCAGCUGAGAAGACCCGCGUGGAGAGCGUGGAGCUGGUCUUGCCUCCCCACGCCAAUCACCAGGGCAACACCUUCGGGGGCCAGAUCAUGGCCUGGAUGGAGAAUGUAGCCACCAUUGCAGCCAGUCGGCUCUGCCGUGCCCACCCUACGCUGAAGGCUAUCGAGAUGUUCCACUUCCGAGGCCCAUCCCACGUUGGGGACCGUCUGGUGUUCAAGGCCAUCGUGAACAAUGCCUUCAAGCAUAGCAUGGAGGUGGGCGUGUGUGUGGAGGCCUAUCGCCAGGAGGCUGAGACCCAGAGGCGGCACAUCAACAGUGCCUUCAUGACCUUUGUGGUCCUGGAUGCAGAUGACCAGCCCCGGAAGCUGCCCUGGAUUCAGCCCCAACCUGGGGAGGGUGAGCGGCGAUACCGAGAGGCCAGCGCCCGGAAGAAGAUCCGCCUGGAUAGGAAGUACAUCGUGUCUUGUAAGCAGGCAGAAGUGCCCCUCUCUGUCCCCUGGGACCCUAGCAACCAGGUGUACCUAAGCUACAACAAUGUGUCCUCCCUCAAGAUGCUUGUGGCCAAGGACAACUGGACGCUGUCCUCAGAGAUCAGUCAGGUUCGCCUGUACACUCUGGAGGAGGACAAGUUCCUCUCCUUUCACCUGGAGAUGGUGGUGCACGUGGAUGCAGCCCAGGCCUUCCUACUGCUCUCAGACCUGCACCGGAGGCCCGAGUGGGACAAGCACUACCGGAGUGUGGAGCUGGUACAGCAGGUGGACGAGGACGACGCCAUCUACCAUGUCAUCAGCCCUGUCCUUGGUGGUGAUACCAAGCCCCGGGACUUUGUGAUCCUGGCCUCGCGGCGGAAGCCUUGUGACAACGGGGACCCCUAUGUCCUCGCCAUGAGGUCAGUCACACUGCCCACACACCGCGAGACACAAGAGUACCAGCGCGGGGAGAUCCUCUGCUCAGGCUUCUGCCUCUGGCGUGAAGCGGACCAGUUGACUAAGGUGUCCUACUACAACCAGGCCACCCCGGGCCUUCUCAACUAUGUGACCACCAAUGUGGCUGGCCUCUCCUCGGAGUUCUACACUACCUUCCAGGCUUGAUUGAACCCAGAGCCUCUUGCAUGCUAAGCAAACAUCAACCCUGAACUACAUCCUCAGCCCUGGAAAUCACACUCUGGACCUGAUUGGCUUCUCUGAAAUGGUCACUUUGAGCCAGCUUCUUCCUGGAAAAUCUCCCUUGUUGUUUAAAGUUGCUCUAUAUUUUCUGGAGGCUGAAUCUGGGAGCUGACUUCCUUGGAGUAGGAGAGCAAAGGAACAGAGGAUGAACAGGAGCCUUGGUCCUCGAGCCAUCAGAAUAGAGGGCCUGCUGCUCUCCCAAGGGCAGCAGACACACAGUUCCUGCUGGGACAUUGAUGCAUUGAGGCAGAAGAGCAUGAGGCUGAAUGCACAGAUCCUGAAUCCACACUGGUUUCCAGUCCUAGCCCUCACAUUUGCAAGCUGUGUGACCCCUGGCAGGUUACCUGACCUCUCUGUGCCUGUUUCCUCAUCUACAAUGAUUAAAUAAUUAAACAUUCCUGA